CUUUUCAAUACUUCAAUCACAGGGAUUCAAGAAGCGCUGAUUAGAGGAAAAACGUAGAAUUUCGUUGAUUAUAGUAGGAAAAAACGAACUCGAGAUAAACUAUAAUAAUGGCUGGGUGUGUUCCAUGUUUCAUCAUUCCUCUGCUUCUGUUCAUCUUUCACCGAUACAUCCAACCGAUAAUCCUGAAAUUCUGGAAUCCGUGGGAGACGAAGGUUGACGAGGAGGAGCUGAAGAAGCCGUUCAACUGCACCAGCUGCAAAUACGAUAAGAACGGUGCAAACAGCUGCAAACCGGAUAUCACCGAAUCUGAGACGACGACGACAGCAAAUUCUGCGAAGCUCAAGUGCAACUAAUUUUUGUGCAAUUAAGAGAGAAAGACGAGGUUUUUUUUUAUUGAAAAAUAGUAGGUUUUAAUGAUUCCAAAUAUUCACAAAUAUAGCACAGAACAAUAGAAAUAAUUAAAACGUU